AUGAUAUCUAAAAUCGUUAUUGCCCUGAUUAGCAUCGUUUGCGUCUGGAUAUUUUUUGAACUGUUUAACAGCUAUAAGAAAGGGCGCGAGUUGGGCCAAAAAGUGAGAGAAGCUAUUGAGGAAUUAGAAACAUCGCAAAAGAAAAUUAUGAUGUUCUCUAUAAAGAGGCUAGAGGCUGAAAUCGCCGAAGAAGAAGCUAAGAAUGGAGUUAACUCGGCUACGGCCCUAGACCAGAAAAGUCGUCUACAGGCCUCAAAGAAUUUAGUAGCUCAAUACUCCCGAGAAAUGGCUGAGAACAAGCUGAGAAGAGGCUGGUGA